AUGAUUGGAUGGAGUGUGAGUUACAGAGUUGAUUUCAUUUUGGAGGAAGAUGAGUUUGGAGACAAUGACGUCAAGGAGAGCAGCCAACUGGGAGAGCCUGCUGAGCCCACGUCCGAACUUCCUGGCACUCCAGCUACAAAAACCGUUUCUCAGACCACAGCCCUGCUCUCCGGUAGAAGAGAGUCUUCAGAACAAUCGGAGGAAAAACCCUCCAAGAAUCCAUGCAGGAUGUUUGCUGGUGGAGACAGCAAAAUGACAGAGGAUGCCCUCGAUGCAUCUAGCAAAACAAUGUCGAUCAAAGAAAGGUUAGCACUUCUGAAAAAGAGUGGAGAAGAAGACUGGAAAAGCCGACUUAGUAAAAAGCAAGAAUAUAGCAAAGUGUCUGUCACAGAGAGGAGCACCCGGCUGCAAGAGGCUGAGCAGUCGUUCAAAAAGAAGGAAGAAGGAGGAUUUACAGAUGAUAAUGCCAUUUCUAAUCUGCUUUGGAGAAUGGCAGAAGGCCACGAAAGCCAAAUGACAAUUGAGGAGAGGAAGCAUCUUAUUACUGUAAGAGAAGAAGCUUGGAAGACCAGAGGAAAAGGAGCAGCCAAUGAUUCCACCCAAUUUACCGUUGCUGGCAGGAUGGUAAAGAAAGGUUUGGCAUCCCCUACGGCCAUAACACCAGUAGCCUCCCCAUUCAACAACCGAAUGAAGGGUACCACACCAAUUUCCAAACCCCUUGAAGAUAUAGAAGCCAAACCAGACAUGCAGUUAGAAUCUGACUUGAAGCUGGAUCGGCUGGAGUCAUUUCUAGGAAGGCUAAAUAACAAAGUUGGUGGUAUGCAAGAAAACAUUCUCACCAUUACUGGAAAAACUGUGAAAGAGGUGAUGAAACUAGAUGACUAUGAGACCUUUUCCAAAUUUUACCGCAGUGUGGAUUCUUCUAUGCCUCUAGGAAGAGUGGAGUUCAGUGCGGACUUUGAUGCCAUUUUUGAUCCUUAUGCACCCAAGCUGACUUCUCCUGUAGCAGAGCACAAACGUGCUGUUAGACCUAUGCGUAGAGUUCAGUCUUCAAGAAAUCCUUUGAAAAUGUUGGCAGCAAGAGAAGACAUUCUUCAAGAAUAUACCGAACAGAGAUUAAAUGUUGCUUUCAUGGAAUCAAAGAGGAUGAAAGUGGAAAAAAUGUCUGCCAACUCGAAUUUCUCAGAAGUUGCGCUGGCUGGAUUAGCCAGCAAAGAAAAUUUCAGCAGUGUCAAUCUACGGAGCGUCAACCUAACCGAACAAAACUCCAACAACAGUGCUGUGCCCUACAAAAAACUGAUGUUGCUGCAAAUUAAAGGAAGAAGAAACGUGCAGACAAGGUUAGUGGAGCCACGAGCUUCUUCGCUGAAUGGUGGUGAUUGCUUUCUCCUCCUAACUCCACACUAUUGCUUCCUGUGGGUAGGAGAGUUUGCAAAUGUCAUCGAGAAGGCUAAGGCAUCAGAGCUUGCAACUCUAAUUCAGACGAGGAGAGAACUCGGCUGUAGAGCUUCUUAUAUUCAGACCAUAGAAGAAGGAAUAAAUACACAUACCCAUGCAGCAAAAGACUUCUGGAAACUCCUGGGUGGCCAGACAAGUUACCAAUCUGCCGGAAAUCCAGAGGAAGAUGAAUUGUAUGAAACUGCGAUCACAGAAACUAAUUGUGUUUAUCGCCUUGUGGAAGAUAAACUUGUUCCUGAUGACUACUACUGGGGCAAAAUACCAAAGUGUUCCCUUCUGCAGCCAAAAGAGGUCUUAGUGUUUGAUUUUGGCAGCGAGGUUUAUGUAUGGCAUGGGAAAGAAGUCACAUUAGCACAGAGAAAAAUAGCCUUCCAAUUGGCCAAACACUUGUGGAACGGAACCUUCGACUAUGCCAACUGUGACAUAAAUCCUUUAGACCCUGGAGAGUGCAAUCCUCGGAUACCCAGAAAAGGACAGGGGCGACCUGAUUGGGCAAUAUUCGGGAGACUCACUGAGCACAAUGAGACUAUUCUGUUCAAAGAAAAAUUUCUUGAUUGGACUGAAAUGAAGAAGCCUUUUGAAAAGAACUCGAGUGAACUCACCCCGCAGAAGGAAGAGUCUAGGUCUGAGGUGAAGGCCUAUGAUGUGAUGCUGAUGGUGCCGGUGCCCCAGGUGACUGUCGGCACCAUCUUGGAUGGAAUCAAUGUUGGCCGUGGCUAUGGACUUAUUGAAGGGGAUGACAGGAGGCAAUUCGAGAUUGCCAGCGUUUCUGUGGAUGUUUGGCACAUCCUGGAAUUCGACUAUAGUAGACUCCCCAAACAGAGCAUCGGGCAAUUCCAUGAGGGAGACACGUAUGUGGUGAAGUGGAAGUUCAUGGUGAGCACUACAGUUGGAAGUCGACAGAAAGGAGAGCAUCCAGUCAGGACGGCUGGCAAGGAGAAGUGUGUCUACUUUUUCUGGCAAGGCAGACAUUCAACUGUGAGUGAGAAAGGCACGUCUGCACUGAUGACUGUUGAGUUGGAUGAAGAGAGAGGAGCCCAGGUUCAAGUGCUUCAGGGAAAGGAGCCGCCAUGUUUUCUGCAGUGCUUCCAAGGAGGAAUGGUUGUACAUGCAGGAAAGCGAGAAGAAGAAGAAGAAAAUGCACAAAGUGACUGGAGAUUGUACUGCGUCCGAGGAGAAGUUCCCACUGAAGGGAAUUUGCUUGAAGUUGCUUGUCACUGUAGCAGCCUGAGAUCCAGGACUUCCAUGAUUGUCCUCAGCGUCAACAAAGCCCUCAUCUACCUUUGGCAUGGGUGCAAAGCCCAGGCCCACACCAAGGAUGUUGGGAGAACUGCAGCAAAUAAAAUCAAAGAACAAUGCCCGCUGGAAGCCGGGUUGCAUAGUAGCAGCAAGGUGACGAUCUACGAGUGUGAUGAAGGGUCAGAACCAGUGGGAUUCUGGGAUGCAUUAGGAAGGAAAGACCGGAAAGCCUACGACUGCAUGCUACAAGAUCCUGGAAAGUUUAAUUUCACGCCCCGCCUGUUCAUCCUCAGUAGUUCAUCUGGAGAUUUCUCAGCCACCGAAUUCAUGUAUCCUGCCAGGGAUCCUUCUGUGGUCAAUUCCAUGCCCUUCUUACAAGAAGACCUGUACAGUGCUCCGCAGCCAGCACUUUUCCUUGUUGACAACCACCAUGAAGUGUAUCUCUGGCAAGGCUGGUGGCCAAUUGAGAACAAGAUAACAGGCUCUGCUAGGAUUCGCUGGGCUAAUGACCGAAAGUGUGCCAUGGAAACAGUGCUUCGGUACUGCAAAGGAAAAAAUGUCAAGAAACCUCCCAAGUCCUACCUUAUCCAUGCCGGUUUAGAACCUCUGACAUUCACCAAUAUGUUUCCCAGUUGGGAACACAGAGAAGACAUUGCCGAAAUCACAGAAAUGGAUGCAGAAGUGUCUAAUCAGAUAAUCCUCGUGGAAGAUGUGUUAGCCAAGCUUUGUAAAACCGUUUACCCACUGGCUGAUCUCCUAGCCAGGCCCCUACCUGAAGGAGUUGAUCCUCUGAAGCUUGAAAUUUACCUUACUGAUGAAGACUUUGAAGUUGCACUAGAAAUGACCAGAGAAGAAUAUAGCAUGCUGCCUUCUUGGAAACAAGUGAACCUUAAGAAAGCGAAAGGGCUUUUCUAAGGAUCAAUGCUGCCAGCGCCACAUGAAGCCAGCGAAAUCUCUGCUGUCACUUUCAAUCAAGACGGACACUUAUUUGGACUGGUCUUCAGAUUUUUAAAAGUUAAAAUACAAAUGAUCUGAAGUUAUUAGAUGCUGGAGUUGUGUAAUUUUGUAAAUGUGUAAGAGAACUCUCUGGAAACUUUUUCUCCCCUGACUCAGAGGGUAUUUCCUGUUUGUAAACUUGGCUCUCCUGUGCACUUAAAGCAGUAGCACCUCACAGCUGCUGCCCAGCCCUCCUCUGGCUCCAUGCAGCCUUCGCCUAUUCAUUUUUUUUUUAAGACGCUUUCUUUGUAAAGUGUUAUUUUGUUAGCUUGUGGAUUAUUUUUAAAAAUUAUAUUUAUAUAAACACCGUAUAGUUCAAGUACAUAUUUAACAAAGCAAUAUGUAUUCACUUUUUUAAGAAACCAUUUUUUGGGUAUCAAAACAAUACCAAGAAGUAGAUGGAGUUGCUUCUACUGAAUUAUCUAUCCCACCAGUAUAUGUAUCUUAUACACGUUCUAAAACGUUUCCUUUGGCAAUAGGCAAGGAGCUGUUCUAAGGACGGCUGCUGGUGCUAAAAGGAACAAAAACCUUUGUACUUUUGGCUGGGGACUCUUGAGAAACUCUGCAAAUUGACCUUCUUACCUUAAUAUCCAAAAAACAAACAAAAAAAUGUAUAGUGCCUUGUUUUGUGUACAGUUUCUAUACAGAAAAGUUUGGGUCUGCAUUUUUGAAGAUGGUUUGGAACAGUAUCUACCAUUUUACUUUACGAUGAUAGUUUAAAAAAAAACAUCUCAGUUUCUAAUACUUGUAAACAAGUCUUUUUGUGAUACAAGAUUCCAAAGCAAAAGCUUCAGAAUAAAACUUUGGCGAUGA